AGAACAUGCCACAGACGACUACAACAGACUUUCAGGAAGGAUGCGACCCAAUUGGCUCAUGGUAGCAACUUGCAAGUCGCUGAUGCGAUUGUUCACAGUCAUGUAUUUAGAAACUUGAGUAAUCUCUCUAGGUUGUUUAUUCGUACUAGCCCAGAUACUACAACCGAGCACCUCACUGUUCCAGAACAGCACUCACAGGAAACCAAACCACCAGCACCGGCCAGCACUGGCUAGCACCACCAUACCACAACCACCCUAGUCCUCCCAGACUCCCACCAGCACCAGCACUACCACCACUCCUUUCACCCUACUUCAUCUUCCCCGGAAUCGCACUACCUCACUGGUGAGCGUCUCGCUAAAAUUUAUCGAGCACCCGUGCCAUACACUCUUUACCAUGUCUGGGGAGAAAGAUAGAAGACUGAUCUUCGGAUCGAGGAUCUCCUCCAUGUUCAACCACACCCACGGACCCUCGCUCCAGCCCACACGGUCGACUCCCACCAACAAGCCUGCUUCUGGGUCUCUGAAACUGGUGAAACCAACACUAACUCAGAAGGCCUCCAACGCUUCCCUCCGGCUGAAUGCCAGCCAACAGGCUCCCUCCACCCCCAGGCUGAAGCGUGAACCUCCACUGACGCUCCCACGAACCACUGCCAGGUCGCCAGCACCCUCGUCGGCCAGUUCAGCCGAGCCUUCUGUGUCGCAACCUAGAUCUGCCCCCAGCCUCAGAAGGAAACCCCCUCCGCUAGAGAGCCAGGGCCUGUCAGCAGAUGUCCACGACCCGAACUCAAAUUCCAAGAUCAAUGACACCAACAUGAACGAUAUAAUAGGAACCUUGGAGAACGAAAUAGAUACCUACUUGAGGAUGGAGGACCCUAAGCCCAGCGGAGGCGAGCCUUUCAAGUUCGACAACGAUGACUACAGCACCACUAGCUUGACCUCCCAUUUACGACUCUCACGGUCCCCUCCUCUUAUGGAGCUUUCCGACUACAAUAACGACUUCUACGACUCCACAUCCUCAGUCCAGUUGCCCAAGGACUCCUCAAACACAAACUCGAUCUCCAACUCCAUUGGCCAGACCGAAACCACUUCCAGCUCGCUCUCGCAAUCCAACUCGAACUCUAAUUCAAUUCCCACUUCCGACGUUCCAUAUCCACUUAGUGAUCCAUUCGAGUCUCCUGUGCAAUCUAAUUUCAACCCCGACAUCUCCUACGACACAUACGCUGCAGAGAUACCACGAAACCCCCGGGACGAAGACCCACUAGAAGCAUCGCCUUAUAGACCCUAUCAACACCGCAACAGCGCCGAUACCAUCGAGUCAAACAGAAGAUCAAGCUCCAGCCUGUCGCAAAUCCUCCACAUGAAUGCCCCCUCGGGUGUUGGCCCCAAGCCAUUGAUUAAAUCUAACCAGCUAUCACAGACACCAACCAGGAUGGGAGUGCGUACCAACAGCAGCACCUUUGAUGCUAUUUCGACGAACUCGAGCGACUUCAUCACCAGAACCAAGACUUCGGCUACCACGCCUUCCACGUUGACGGGUAUGUCUUCCAUCAAAAAGCACAGACAGUCAACCUCCAUUAGCUCGCUUCGGAGCUCUAAUUCGUACAGAAACGUGAAUCUUGCCUCGUUGAAGAAGAGCUUGAAUUUGUUGCCAGGCGAGGGUGAAAGGUCCAACUAUGUGCAGAAUAUCCGCAGAAAUGCAGGUACUGCUUUCAACGAUACUGGACCUGGCAAAUGGAAACUUCCCACCGGAAUUGCACCUAUGGAUGCUAAUUCGCAUUAUAGCACCAACGGCAAGUAUGCCAGAAGAGCCACGGGCUUGCAACGGACCAAGAAGGCCAGCGGUGUGGAGUUGAAGCACGGUCACUUGCAGCCAAGAUUGUUGGCGUCUGAAAUUGACGAUGGAGACGUGGUAUCGGUCAGAUUGGGCCCCAAGAUCUCGACUUCAACUAGCCUAGGCAAGAGUCCAUUUAACGACUCUAAAUCAUCCAGCUCAAGUAUCGCACCAGGAGGAUCGCUAGCCAACGUCUCGAGGAAUAACUCCCUCGUGAGAACAACUACCGACGUAUCUGGCUUAACGUCGGAUUCUCAGAGUGUUGUGACCAGUUCUACCAGAAGUGAGUCGAGAAGAAGAUCGGUGGGCUCCUCCUCGUCCGGCAGUAUUUCAGACGCAGGGGUGGGUGGAUACUACCAGCAUCCAGGCUACAAACAUGGUGAGGACGAAUUUGGAAGAGCCUCGGGAGAUGAGGACGAUGAAGAUAAUACCGACGUGGAGGGUGCACCAAGAAAAUUGCUGGAUGACGAGGACGAGUAUGACGAGCGGCCACGGUUGGUGCUUGCCAACCCAGACAACUCCGACAGUGAUUAAGCCUGAAAAACUGGGUGUCCCUUUUGUGAUAGGUCUGAGGUUUGGGUCCGUGGCUAGCUCGUACCACUAAGCAGCGCGAGUGCCAGCACUGACAGUCCAUUUAUUCAGCUGGUGAAGAGUACAUUCAGAUUACCCGUAAAAAAGUUUCCUUUGGUCUAGAGUACCACCAAAAAUCAGGCACAUAGAGUAGUUCAUACACUGAUACCAAUGCGAUUAAAAAGGCGCCCCAUGGCCAUGUAGA